ACUGCCUUAUGCAAUUUUAUCGCAACGGGCUUCCAUAUGUGGGGAACAUGCUGUCCACUACAUCGUCGGGGGGAUAGAACUAGGAAGCGGAACCUAACUCUUGACGCACGGAACGCCAUCUUCAUGUAGGGAACUGUAGCAUUAUGGAUGCCCGUGCCAUGUCCAGCGCAUCAAUCUCUAUCAGUCUGCCCACCAGUGCCUCUGUAGAAUCUCUGCCACCAAGGACAGCGCCAUAUAAAGCAGUAAUAAUACACAAGAUUGAUAUUGGCGUUGCUGCUAUCCGAAUUCAAAGAGCAUGGAGGUGUCACCGCAGCAGACAGAUCUUUACACUUCUAAAGCAUGCAGCCCGAGCUGCUGAAACCUGUGCAACAUAUGAAAUUCUCAAGAAAGUCUGUCCACUGGAAGCUGAAUUGCUAAAAGAUCCUGGGAUGCAGUGUAAAGUAAGAUUCAGAUUUGCUGGUUAUGAGUUUCCACCAUUUAUUGUAUUUAAGAUUUUCCACAGUUCAGGGGGACAUGGAAACCGAUAUAUCAAUGGGAAGAGAAUAAUUAUACCUUCAAGUGAGGCCGCAGCGGAUGCCUGCAAAUUGAUGGGAAAUCGUACUUAUUAUGAACAAAUGAUUUGCGAUCAACUUGAGCAUCAGAAAUACAGGAUAACAGAUGUUGUUGACGUGGCAACCUUUAAAGAUUACAUGCAAUAUACAAGUCACGUUGAUGAGACUCCAGCCCAUCGAGGAGGGCGAGAUAACUGCUGGAGAAGACUCUCUCUGAAAAAUAUGCCAAGGAUGACACUAAUGUAUGACAUAAUGGACUAUGCAGAGUCAGGAGCCCUGUCCAGUAGACUUAAAGAAGAAAUGAAGCUUCUCCUUCAGAUGCCUCACACUGAAGACAUACAGCACCGCCAGCAUAGUGUUGUCACACAAGUCAGAUCACCUGUACCACCUCCAUCAUCCGCCAUCUCUGCGUAUGUCUCAUCACUAUAUUCUGCGGCACCAAGAAACACAUCCCGGAGAUCACAAAAGGCUCGCCUUAAAGUUGCUAAAAUGAAGAGACUAUAUUGCCCAGGAAAAGAAGGACAGGAUCAGGAUACCAGAUAUCACAAGUGCCAAGUAUUUUCAGACCAACAAGAACAUUCAAACCAGGUGAUGUUUUCUGAUGAUGAAUGGGACGAAGAAGCAGAAAAACUUUAUGCCUGGAGUCAAAGCCUAUCUUUGGAAGAAUCUGGAAUGCCAUCUCCUGUUCACCUAUAAGAAAAGCCUAUGUGUAAAUGACAUUUGACUAUAUUGUACUGUGUACAAUCACUGAAUAAAUCAUAUCCUGUGCUAGGAUCCUUUUUUUAAAUUUUUUUUAUUUAAACAAUAUGUAGAUCUAAAAAAUGUUUAAUGGUGGUUACAUGUUGUUUAUAAUACAACAUGGGUGCCCCAAUAUAAUGGUAAGUUUACAUAGCAGCUAUUCUUUGAUUGCCCCAGUCAGGUGAAUAGGGCUUUGGCUCCGUAUGACUAUACCUUAAAACAGUGUUUCCCUAGCGUCCCUCAGCAGCACAAUAUGGGGUGUUUCACGCCCACUGUGCGCCCAUGGGACGUUAGAAAUUUUAAUAACAAAAGCAAUUAGGAGUCCCCUCCCCACUAGCCCAUAUAAUGGGCUUACCUUCCGCGUAAUGCAGAGUUUUUCUUUGUCCGCUGCAUGUACGGGCUCCCGUGUGACAGCUGUUGCUCGGGCAGCGGCCCUUUGCGCAGUCUCACAUGGGAUUAUGAACCAGAAGUGCACAGUGUGUCACUUCCAGUUUACGUUUUCUUCUUUUCUCGCGCUAAUUUCUUAAAGUUUGCAACUUUUUUACUUUUCUGCCUUAUUUUAGCCAGGCUUUGGAGAAUAAUUAAUCUUUUUCUGACAUUUCUAUUUUAUUUUCUUGCCUCGUCUCUGCGCUGGAUCAGAUGAUCCUGGAGGGGGCGGGGCUUAUCUCUGGCAGGAAAUCUCUGGAUAUUUAAACCCUGCCUUUUUCACCUGCUCUCCCUGUCAGGACAUUUGUUUCUCUGCAGGAUGGAGAGUUUGGGAGUCUGUGAAGUGAUCUCUAUCAUUUACUCACUUUCUUGCUGCUUUGUAGCAUGUAUUCCUCUGAUUUAGGUUUUGUUCUUUAGAGGCAUUUAAACUUUUUUUUUCUCUGCUUGCUAAUGGAAUUUUUUUUCUCCUUAUUUUUCAAUUGCCUAUGGAUCCAUCUGGCAAUACUGGUGGCGGUAAAGCAUUUCUCUUGUAGAAAAUGUGACACUCCAAUCCCUGAUGAUUACCCUUAUGCGGAGUGUAGCAUAUAUAGACCAAAUCCAAUGGACACAAAUGAACCCAGUCAGGGAUGUGGUUAUCUUGGUUCAGGAGUCUUAAGAAAUUGGAGGACAAGCUAUCCCUCUCCAAGUCCAAGCCUAAAAAAUCUAGAAGAGAUGUGACUGUCUUUAGGUGAAUACUUCACUGUGGUUGACAUUGCGUACCCUUCCACUGAUUCAGAGCCUGUUCCCUAUUGAUAGGAUUCAGAAGCUAAGUUAGUCCAGACCGAGGGUCUACUUGAGGGGAAGGAGGCCCCUUCUACUUCUAAGGGGCAUAGGAUCUUUUCUUUUGAUGAGACCAAGAAAUCCUUGAUGAAGAGUUCGAUUAAGAAUCCAGAGGAGGCUCCUUCUUGGCGAAAAGAUUUCAUACCUUGUACCCCUUUGCUGAGGAAGAGACCUCUUCUUGGGUAGAGCCACCGAAGGUUGACUUCACUGUCUCUAAGCUGGCAAAAAAGGACCAUACUGCCGAGGACGGUUCUAAUCUGAAGGAUCCUAUGGAUAGGCCUAUUGAGCUCACAUUAAAGAGAGCCUAUUCCACUGCUUCUGGCUCUAACUUAGUGGCUGCUGCCACUCAUGAAGUUAGUAGAGCUCCAAAAAGGUGGUUCUCAGGCUCAGGAGGAUAUCGAAGGUCAACUUAGCCAUGGACUUCCUUGUAGACUCUGCCCUACAAGUCAACCUAGCUUCUAAAAACAUGGCCCUCUCUACGGCCGCUCGUAGGGCUCUGUGGAUACGCCCUUGGGGAGCUUACCAUUCCUCAAAAUUUCAAUUAUGCCAUCUAGAUUUUUCCCCUGAAUAAUUAUCCGGGCCUCAGCUAGACAUCAUCAUGGAGGUUAUGUCUGAUCGCAAGGAGAAGUCCUUGCCCCUUCCUAAACCUGUACGCCGGAUCACUACUAGAGGAAACUCACCUCCUAGAUCCAGACGUGGGCGACAAUCUUAUAGAGGAAGAGGUUCCCGAAACCAGGAGAGGUGCUGGGUCAUCUAAGGAUAUAAACAAGAAGUCAGAUUAUUUUUUAUGUUUUGUGUCUUCCUCUAAUACAGGACCAUUUUGUCCUGUCAAUAGUAUCAGACAGGUACUUACCUCUUCUCCAUCAGUGCCCUGGAGAAAGGAUUAUUUUUUUUCUCCCCCGUUGUGUUCUCCAAGGAGAGAGAUCCUGGAGGAGUCCAUUCUGGAGUUUCUUGCCCUAAGGGCAGUAGAACCAGGUUUCCCCUUCCAAAGUAGGAAGGGGAGUGUACUCUCCCGUCUUUUUAGUUCCCAAACCAUCAGGCAAAUUCCGGUUAAUAGUAGAUCUCAGGUAUCUAAACCAGUUUAUUGUCAGUAAGAAAUUCAGAAUGGAGACUAUCCGCACACUCUGAAGGUGUAUGGGUUCAGGGAACCCUGUUGCACCUUCAGUUUUGGGUACUACCCUUUGGAAUCUCGACAGCCCCCUUCAUUUUCACGAAUAUGGUUUCCGUCAUGAUGGCGGUUCUUUGUAUAAAAGGGAAUAAGAAUAAUUCCUCAUCUUGACAAUUGGCUGCUAUUAGCAGAGUCAAGAGAGUUAUUGCAGAGUCACAUACAGAGAACUCUCAAUCUCUUAGACGAUCUAGGCUGGAUAGUAAACCAUGAAAAAUCUUGCCUCUGACCACCUACAAUAGGAUCCUGUCUUGGAUACAGGAUCAACACAAGUCAGAUGGUCCUCUGUCUGUCACAAGAAAGGAAGGAGCGACUAAAGACCGCUGUGAAGCAUAUACUCAGACUUCACCAGAUAUCAAUAAGAACCUUGAUGAAGAUACUGGGACUAAUGUCCUCUUCCAUAGAAGCAGUCCCUUGGGUGCUUUGGCAUCUGAGACCUUUAUAAUCCGAAGUCCUCAGUCAAUGGAACAGGUCACUCUCCAGCCUAGACAAGAAGAUGACUCUGACCUCGUCAGUUCGAGGCUCCCUAACCUGGUGGACACGCCUACAGGACGGCAAGGACUUUGAGAAGCCGAAUUGGAUCAUAAUUACCACAGACACCUCAGGUACCCGGUGGGGAGCCCAUGUGCUUCACAAAAAAGUUCAAGGAACUUGGAAGCAGGCAGAAAGGAUAAUUUCAUAAAGUGCCAGAGAACUGAGAGCCAUUUACUUGGCCCUACUAAACUUUGCCCCCUUCCCCAAGGACAAACCAGUAAAGAUCAGGACUGACAACAUAGUGUCGGUAUAUUACAUCAACAAGCAAGGGGGCACCAGAUCAAAAAUCCUUCUCAAGGAAGUAGGCAAGAUCAUGUCUUAGGCAGAGAACUGGGUAUCACGGAUAUCUGCAGUUCACAUCAGGGACACACACACACACACAAUAUGCUCGCAGAUUGCCUAUCCAGGGACAGGACGCUACCAGGGGAAUGGUCACUGAACCUUUUAAUUUUUCUUCAACUAACCGAGAUGUGGGGGAUGCCAGAGAUGGAUUUAAUGGCCACAAAGAACAAUGCAAAGCUCACAAAAAGUUUUGCUCCCUGUAUCCUACGGACAAUUCGCUGGUAGUGGACGCCAUGACCAUUCCUUGGACUUUCGACCUAGUUUACGUCUUUCCCACUGUGCCCAUGAUUCCCAAGGUGUUGAAGAUCAGAAGGGAUCAGGUCUCAGUUAUUGCAAUAAUGCCUUUCUGGCCCAAAAGAUCCUGGUUUGCCCUACUCCUGUCCAUGAGUCGAGGGAUAUAUUGGAGGCUUCCUCUCAGGCGGGAUCUGGUGACACAGGGAACACUGUUCUGUCACAGCCUCAGAUCGUACAAUCUAACAGCCUGGAGGUUGACCGCUCCCUACUAAGGGACAGAGGUUAUUCUGGAAGAGUAUUGGACACUCAAGGAGUGAAGCUACCAACAGGUCUUAUGCAAGAAUUGGAACAAUUUUUCAGACCUGGUCUUUAUCCAAAGAUAUUAAUCCUUCCAAUCUUGAGAUCUUAGAUUUCCUUCAGGAUCGAUUUGAUAAAGGUCUGUCACCCAGUAUGCUAAAGGUUCAAGUUUCAGCUCUCUCAGCGGUUCUUCACAGAAGACUUCUGUUAAUACCAGAAUUGAAAUCUUUUAUUAAGGCUGUGUCUCGCCUCAGACCCAGAAUCAUUAGACCGGUUGCGCCAUGGGAUUUACCUUUAGUCUUAAAGAAGUUGUCUCUUCAUCCUUUUGAACCCAUUCAAGAGAUAGAUCUAAAGCUUCUUUCUUUUAAGAUGGCCUUUUUAUUAGUUAUUACUUUGGCUAAAAGAGUAGGUGAGUUGCAGGCUCUCUUCUAAGGAGCCUUACACAAUUUUUCUCGAGGACAAGGUCCUAUUGAGAUUUCUCCUUACUUUCCUAUCAAAGUGUGCAUCCUUCCAGAACACCAAUCAGGUUAUUGCCCUACCUACUCUUCCAGAAAGUGAGGACCAACUUCUAAAGAAUUUAGAUGUUGUCUGUUGUCUCAAGGUUUACCUUGAACGAACUUUUCCAUUUAGCAAAGAAGGCCUCUAAACCCACUAUAUCCAGGUGGAUAUCUGGCUGCAUUCACUUUUGUUAUACUUUAGAGGGUCUUGACCCUCUUUUUUGUAAGGCUCAUUCUACCAGGUCGGUAGGUCCGUCCUGGGCAGAAAGAUGCUCUGUUCCAAUUGAACAGAUAUGCUUAGCUGCUACCUGGUCUAGUCAGUCAACUUUUUUUUCGUUUUUAUAGAAUACAGUCUAGACUCUCUCUACAGCCGAGUUUUGUUAACUCUGUUAUCAAUACUGUCAAGCAUUGAGACCCUCCCUAUGGGGUACUCUCCUUGCUAAAUCCCCAUAGUGUGCUGCUGAGGGACUCUAGGGAAGAUAUGAUUUGAUUGAUAAUGUUUUUUCUUAGUCUCCUCAGCAGCACGACUCCCUCCCUAUACUGUAAUCUUAUUUUUUUCUACUUUAUAACUACUCUGCAUUAUGCGGAAGGUAAGCCCAUUAUAUGGGCUAGUGGGGAGGGGACUCCUAAUUGCUUUUGUUAUUAAAAUUCCUAAUGCCCCUUGGGCGCACAGGCGCGUGAAACACCCCAUAUUGUGCUGCUGAGGAGACUAAGGGAAAACAGAUUAUCAAUCAAAUCAUAUCUUCCUAACUAGUGUGCCACAAGUUGUUGCAAAACUACAACUCCUAGCAUGCCCCGUCCAAUGCUUGUUUCCUUGCCAAAACAAUUCUCUUUUUGUUACUCAGAAAUGGUUUCUUUUGGCAGCAAUUUAACCAUAAAGGGCUGAUUCUCCCCAUGUCCUGAGUUGAUACUGAGAUGUGUCUGGUACUUGAUAACUGUAAGCAUUUAUGUGCACCCUAAUACACUUGAGUAUACUUUCAAAGUACUUGCAAACUUACAUGUCUUAAGAUAAAUCACAGUCCAUCUUUACUUUAUUUAGUUGAGUGGUUCUUGCCCUAAUGUAAAUUUAGAAUAGUUUUUGUAUAGGGCUAUACACUGUAUGGGACUGUGUACCAAUCCUACUGUUACCAAACAUAACUGAUGCCUUAAACACAUUGGGACAACACGUUGACCAGUUGACCAUAACAACCAAUCAGAUCGCUUCUUUCAUUUUUCAGAGGCCUUUUCAAAAAUGAAAGAAGCAAUCUGAUUGGUUGCUAAAGGCAACUGGUCAACUUUUCCUAUGCACAAGUUUUGAUAAAUCUCCGCCAUUAUGAUUUCAAGGUAUUUCACAAAUGAACUCUUGACAAGGCAUAGCAUAACUAAAAAACAUUCCUGGUGACUACCAGGUGCACAAAAUGGCCAUCAAAGCAAAAGGCUACGUUUAUUCUAAAAUAUGUAACAUUCUGGUUUAACACUUUUGUGUUGACUACUUAAUUCUAUCUCUGAUUGGCUUCAGUAUGAAUUUACAAUGCAGACAAAAAAAAUAAAAAUAAAACAGGAAUAAAAAGAUGUGUCUUUUGACUAGUAUAUUUUACAGAUACAUGGAAAUAAGUUGAUUUGAUAAAUCAACUUUGAUAAAUUAAUACUGUAAAUAAAGAGAACAAUGUAU